UUAUAGAAACGUUGGAGAAGACGAUAGUGAACAAUUAAAGACAAUUGACUGUGAAUUGGAAAUAAUUCAAAAUCAUUUCUUUUAGACCUUACGAGUUAGUUACUACUGAUUUAUUGAUAUAUAAAAAUAAUUAAGUUGAUAAAAGUUUAUAAAAUGGGUUUAAAGUGGUUUCGAAAACAGUUAAGGAUCAAGCAAUCAAUAAAUUCAUCAGAGCUGCCGGGUUCUUAUCGUAAAUUUUCUCAAUUUGAGUUUGAUGAAAUGAAUUCAUCAUCUCUAACAAAUAAAAGUGAAUCUGAUAAUGGAAAUAUAUAUAGGCCAAAAGCUAUUCCAGUGUCUCCACCUUCAGUACCAGUUCUUCGAUCACCACAAAACCCUAUGGCAUCAUUAUUAUCAAGACAAGUUGAUAAUAGAACUCAUUCCCAUGAUUUUGGUAAAGAGUUAAACAAUACCAGUCAUGAUAGACAAAAUAAUACAUUGGAAGUAACUCAUCAGACGAAUAAUCAUUUGCCAAGAAAUUCAAUCGAUUUGUUGAAGAUAAAUCAUUCCUCGGAACACUCAACUGAUACAAUGAAGAAACCAGGAAUACGAAAGAAAAAGGGUAGAGCUCCAUUACCUCAACCAGCAUUUACGAAUGGUGAUAAUGAUGACGAUUUUUUGAAACCCGGAGUAGUAAGAAGUUUUAGAGAAAGUGACAUUGAAAUAUAAAAUUAUUUAACGAAUAUUGUUACUUUGAAACAGUUCACCGAAAUUACUUAUUGAUAAAGUAAAAAUGUUAUAUGGUAAAUGAGAAUAACUAUAAGAUUAUACCUGGCAACUUUGGCAAGAG